UAAAAUACGCCGCCUUCUCCUGUAUCCUCCACCUCGAACGUCGUCUUCGCCCGCGCAAGCACGCGGCCUUCCAGAACCUUCUAGAAGACCUGCCGCCCGCCAUGUGCGGGAUCUUCGCCUACCUCAACUACUGUGCGCCGCGGGAUCGACGGUAUGUCCUCGAGGUCCUCCUCAACGGCCUCCGCCGCCUCGAGUACCGCGGCUACGACUCCUCCGGCAUAGCCCUCGACGCGGACCUCCCGCCGCCUGGUUCCGCGGCGGCGUACGCGGGGGCGCCGCCACUCGUGUUCCGCCAGGAGGGAAAGAUCGAUAACCUCGUGCGAUCCGUCUACUCCGAGGUUGAUGAGAAGGGUGUGAACCUGGAUGCCACAUUUUCCGUUCACGCCGGAAUCGCUCACACCAGGUGGGCUACACAUGGCGUGCCUGCCCCAAAGAACAGCCACCCCCAAUCCUCUGGCACCGGUGAUGAGUUCUUGGUCGUCCACAACGGAAUUAUCACAAACUAUGAGAUUCUGAAAGAGACACUGAUUCGACACGGGUUCACCUUUGAGUCUGAUACCGACACAGAAGUCAUCCCUAAGCUAGCGAAGUUUGUUUUUGACCAGGCUUGUGAUGGAGAAGGUGAUAUGACAUUUAGCCAAGUUGUUAUGGAAGUCAUGAGGCAGCUUGAAGGAGCCUAUGCACUUAUCUUUAAAAGUCCACACUAUCCCAAUGAGCUGAUUGCAUGCAAACGAGGCAGCACGCUGAUACUUGGUGUCAAUGAAGUAAGUGAUCAAAACAGCGCGAAGUCAUUUCAGAAUGUCAAAUCCCUGACAACAAAUGGAAGCCCCAGGGAGUUCUUCUUCUCCAGUGAUUUAUGUGCUAUUGUAGAGCACACCAAGAAUUAUUUGGCUAUUGAAGACAAUGAAAUUAUUCAUAUAAAGGAUGGUAGUGUGUCUAUCCUUAAGUUUGACAAGGAAAAAGAGAAGCCAGCAUCUGUGCAACGAGCAUUGUCUGUUCUGGAGAUGGAAGUCGAGCAAAUAAAGAAAGGAAGCUAUGACCACUUCAUGCAAAAAGAAAUCCAUGAACAGCCACAUUCACUGACAACAACCAUGAGAGGUAGACUGAAGGAUAGUGGAGUUGUUUUAGGCGGACUAAAGGAACACCUCAAAACACUUAGACGCAGUAGAAGAGUAAUCUUUAUUGGCUGUGGUACUAGCUAUAAUGCUGCCUUAGCUGCACGACCUUUUGUGGAAGAACUCACCGGUAUUCCUGUGACUAUGGAGGUUGCAAGUGACUUGCUGGACAGACAAGGCCCCAUCUACAGAGAGGACACUGCAGUUUUUGUGAGCCAGUCAGGGGAGACAGCAGACACCCUCCUUGCUCUUGAGUAUGCACUAGAAAAGGGAGCACUUUGUGUUGGCGUUACAAAUACAGUGGGGAGCACGCUGUCAAGAAAAACACAUUGUGGAAUUCAUAUCAAUGCUGGUUGUGAGAUUGGUGUUGCCAGCACCAAGGCUUAUACAAGUCAAAUAGUAGUCAUGGCGAUGAUAGCCUUGGCUAUUGGAUCUGAUCAGUUAUCCACUCAACCUAGAAGGGAGUCUAUAAUCACUGGUCUUUCAAGUCUUCCAAGCCAUGUUAGUGAAGUUCUCAAGCUUGAUGCUGAAAUGAAGGAACUCGCAUCUUCACUAAUCGACUCGGAGUCACUCCUUGUGUUUGGAAGAGGUUAUAACUAUGCCACUGCCUUGGAGGGUGCUCUCAAAGUUAAGGAGGUCGCGCUGAUGCACAGCGAAGGCAUGCUUGCUGGCGAGAUGAAGCACGGGCCACUAGCCCUGGUGGAUGAAAAUCUUCCCAUCAUCGUCAUCGCAACACGCGACUCGUGCUUCAGCAAGCAGAAGUCGGUGAUUCAGCAGCUCCUUUCUCGCAAGGGGCGUUUGAUCAUAAUGUGCUCUGAAGGGGACAUCUCCGCCGUCGGUCCUAGUGCAUCCUGCAGGGUAAUUCAGGUUCCAGAGGUCGCUGACUGUCUCCAGCCAGUGAUCAACAUAAUUCCGUUGCAGUUGCUGGCAUACCACCUUACUGUUCUCCGUGGAUUCGAUGUCGACCAGCCAAGGAAUCUGGCCAAGAGCGUGACUACACAGUAAAGCAUACUCAAGGCCCGCGCCCACACACACACAUACAAAGUAAACGAAAUUAAGUAAAAGAAGCAAGUGUUUGCCUCCGGGUUGUGUAGACAUUUUACUGUAGCGUAAUUAAUUUACUAGUAGAUGAUGAUUAAGCAAGAUGCCUGAGGUGGUUUCCAUUGCAUUACACCGUGUUGAUUGGUCAACUGAUUGCGAAGUAUAUGUCAGCUAUUUCCUACUGA